AUGCUGCCCAGCGUGCUCGCUCCGUGUGUGCUGUGCCCGGCUCUGCGCGCGCCCCGGGCCGCCCCUUCCUUUCUGAUGGAGGAGCUCCUGCGCAUCUCUCCGCCCUCCGGCUGCACCGGCUCGGCUCCGGGGCCCAGGGCCUCUCCGCCGGCUCCGGGGGCCACCAGCCUGAGCCCCCUCAACCCCGCCCACAGCCACUCUCCCCCGGCGCCCAAAUGCAGCGGCUCCCCGCGCGCGGGCGAGCAGGGCUACCUAAAGUUUGGAGUGAACGCCAUACUGGCGCCUUCAACCAGAAACGCACCGUCUCCACCUGCAAUCCAUGGCAUGGCCAAAGAAUUCCCCUUCCCUUACUUCCAUUCCUCAUUCCAUCCAUUCAUCAGGACUUCUUAUUUCCCAGCGCCGACCUCAGUGGUUCCUAUCCCCGGGACCUUCUCGUGGCCGCUGACCGCUAGGGGAAAGCCAAGGAGAGGGAUGCUGAGGAGGGCCGUCUUCUCGGACGUGCAGCGCAAAGCCCUGGAAAGAAUGUUUCAGAAACAGAAGUACAUCAGCAAACCGGACAGAAAGAAGCUGGCUACCAAACUCGGCCUGAAAGACUCACAGGUGAAAAUAUGGUUCCAGAACCGCAGGAUGAAAUGGAGGAACUCCAAAGAGAGGGAGCUGCUGUCCUCCGGGGGCUGCCGGGAACAAACUCUGCCCACGAAGGCCAACCCCAACCCGGACCUGAGCGAUGUGGGCGGGGCGCGAGAGAACCACGGUGGGGAGAUCAUGGCGAGUCCUCAGGCGGAGGGAUCAGACUUGCCCCCAUCACCCUACAGCAGCAAACACACAGACUCAGAGGACUCAGAGGACGAAGAGAUCACUGUAUCAUAACCACACACACAUCACUGCGUCCCAAAUCGCUGAUAGAGACACUUCAUUCAGAAUAUUCAGUUUAGAUGCUGAACAGGAGCCGCCAGUGAGCCUGAACGGAAUGUAAGUGUUGAUACUACUAUUGAAUAACUGCUGUUAUGUUAUGUAAUAAGUCAGUUUUAAAGGGCUCUCUCACCAGCUAUACAUUAAGGUCAACUUCAUCUGGUCAGUUUCAGCUUUCACACUUCAUAGUGCACUAUGGAUGUAGCGCCACCCAGGUGCUUUUUGCCUGACUAUUAUUCAAGGACGCUACCAUUGUGGCGCACUGCUUAGACUAGUAUGCGGUUUCGGACGCAGGC